AGCACCACAAGGACGGAGCAGUCAGUCCUUGACUGCGACUGUUGCAGCAGCAUCGGCGGCUACGGCAGCAGUGCUGACACUGGGACAGCGUUGUGAGGACAGUGGUGGCAGCAAGAGUUGGAGGACUGGCAGAGGGCAAGGCACCAUGGCCUUUCCUCUGCGCCUCUUCCUCCUGCUCCUCCUGGCAGUGGCCCUGCCUGACAGGGCUGCCCAGGCUUCUCCACAGCGAGCACAGGGAGCAGAUUGGAAUCAUCACAUGGAUUACCUGGAAGUAAUGAAUGAUGGCUUGAAAUUCUUGGAGGAUGUUGGAGCCAAGCCUCUCGGUGAAGGUGAUGCAGCUUCCCAACCCACACCCAGGACUGAGGCUCUGGGAGAUGGUGAGGUUACAGGUGUGUCUGCAGGGAGGACUUUGCCAGCUCCUGGGAUGGUUACUGCACACAAGCCCAGCUCCCAUCACAGGGGUCUUCCAAGAGAGAAAACCCAAAAUACAGCAGAAGAGAAAUCCCUGAAACAAUCUGAAAUUAUACGGCAAAUGCUGAAGGAAAUGCUGCAGGGAGGGCAAGGAAUGAAACGAGAGCCUGUGCAGCAGGAAACAUUCCCUGAAGGAAUCAUUGAUUCUGUGCCUAACUCUGCUGCAGGAAGGGAGGCCAUGCCAGGCACAGUAACACAAGAUAAGUCUCGGGGCAAAGCUUCUCCAAUAGCUUGGCUGCAUAAAGUUGUGAAGCCCUCUGCGCCUCCUGCAGUUACAGGUGUGUCUGCAGAGAGGACUUUCCCAGCUCCUUUGCUGAUUAGUGUGCAGAAGCCCCACUUCCAUCGCAGGGGUCCUCCGAGUGACAAGGACAAACGUAUAGAAGAGAAGGAAUUCCCGGAGUCAAACAACAUCCAGAAACAAAUUGUGGAGGAACUGCAGAAAGGGCCUGACAUGCACCUAGAGGUUCUGUGGAAGGCAGCAUUUCCUGCAGGCAGCGGUCACUCGUCGGCAGCCUCUGCUGCAGGAAGGAAUGGGAUGGCACACAUGAGUACAGGCCCAGACACAGGAGAUUCGGAUGCUGGGAAGGCUCCUCCCUUUGCUUUGAGAUAUGAAGAUUUGAAGCCCUCUGGGACACCUGCAGUUACAGGUGUGUCUGCAGAGAGGAUUUCUCCAGCUCCUGGGCUGGAUGCUGCACACAAGCCUGACUCCCAUCCCAGCGUUCCUCCAACAGAAAAGACCAAAUACACCUCAGAGAAGAAAUCCCUGGAGUCAUUUGAAGUCAUGUGGCAAAUGCUGAAGAAAAUGCUGCAGGGAGCACAAGAAGUGCAUGAAGAGGCUGUGCUGAAGGCGGUGUUUCCCGGAGUAAGCAGUGGCUCACUGGCAGCCUCUGCUGCAGGAAGGGAGGCCAUGCCAGGCACAGUCCUAGGAGAUUGGGAUCGUGAUAUGGAUUAUGUGGAAGCCCUGGUGGAAAAUGGCUUGAAAUUCAUGGAGGAUGUUGGAGCCAAGCCUCUAGAUGAAGGUGAUGCAGCUUCCCAACCCACACCUAGGACUGAGGCUCUGGGAGAUGAUGAGGUUACAGGUGUGUCUGCAGGGAGGACUUUGCCAGCUCCUGGGAUGGUUACUGCACACAAGCCCAUCUCACAUCGCAGGGUGGUGGACCAAAAGGCUGAGCUCCAGGAGGCAUUUCCCGGAGGAAGCAGUGGUUCAUUGGCAGCUUCUGCUGCAGAAAAGAAGGCGAUGCCAGGCACAGGCCCAGAUACAGGAGAUACAACCAGCACAACACAAGUUCCUGAUUCAAAGAAGGACAUUGAAAGGGCUUUCUGUCAGGGAAUGUUCUGCUGGAUAGAGCUAAUAGCAGGCGUGCUAUGUUUGGAGCUUAUCAUCAUGUUGUGCUGCUUUGGAAUCUGGUAUGCCUGUAAGAGAAAACGGAGGACUGCUGAACAGCAUUUGAAGUACAGUGGGUGCACUAAACACCCAGACAGCUCGAGCAGCACCUCUGGGAGUAAUAAGGGCCUGGGCAGCCCUCUGAAGAACUCUGAGAGGAGGAUCCCGGAACACUAUCUCUGAGGAAACCUCUUAUAACCCUGUAGAUCCCACUGCCCUCUCUUUUUCCCAUGGAUAUCCCCAAGGUCCCUUCACUUCCUUUUUUGGUCUUCCUCUGCCCCAACCUAACCCAUCCUUAGUUCUUGUAGAGACCCCAGGACCAGCCCAGCAACCUCCGGCCCCAGCUGGGACCAACAUGGUCCUUCCUCUGUCCCUGAGCCCCCUGGCCCUGCCCUUAAACAGCACUGAGCUGAGUGAGCCCAUCUGCCAGUGUAGGUGAUGGCCCCUUCUUCUCUUCAAAUAAAUAAA